AUGUCCAUUGUUCCGUACAAUCACACCCAAGAAAUUGUCUUCCAUGAUCCAAAAAACAGAAUUCUCGUUCUCCACGAUAACCAGGACAACUCUAUACAGCUUCUUACAUCCACUCAGUCAGAGAACGAGUACCCUUUGGCACUUUAUAAGCCAGUAGGCCCCAAUUACGUUCCUAACGUUUGUCCACACUGUGGCUCGCUACUAGGAGAAUACCAAGGCCAAGCAGGUAAUGUAAGACGAGGUAGCGGUGACAACCUACGUGAUGAGAGUCUCCUAAUGAAACCCCACGAUGUGGUACCUGCUGGGUACAUGCACGAUGAUUACUUUAAGAUGCUUUCGAAGCUCUCUUAUGGGCAUGUUCUUGGAGAGCUGGGCUCGGAGGGUCUACCGGAGGAUAUCUUCAACCAGGGAUACUUCAAUCGGUUCUUUAGGAAGAUCCCUCCUUUUGUAUUGGGAAGCGGAGCCCAUGCUCAGGUUUAUAAGGUUAUGCAUGUUCUUAAAGAUAUCCAGCUAGGGGUGUAUGCUGUGAAGAGAAUUAACGUGGGAGACCAUCUGGUGUAUGUGGACCAAGUGCUUAACGAAGUGCUUAUUCUAUACGAAUUGUCUGUGAAGGGCGCCAACGAGAAUAACUUGAUAAGGUACAAUCACGUCUGGAUGGAGCUAGGUGACUUGAAAGAUCUGGAUACGAUUUUUUUGUCAGACAGGGAAGGAUACAAUCUGAAGAAGGGCGAUAAGGUGCCCUAUGUUUUUAUUCUCCAGCAGUACUGCGGCGGAGGACAUUUGGAGAAUCUUAUAAUCAAGAACUUCCAGAAGGAGCAACAUAUGACAGCAAAGGAAAAGCUAGAGGCAGAGAGACUUAAGAGACGGAGGAGAAGGAAAAGUAACGAAAACGAGGAUCCCACUCCCCUGGCCACAAAGAACUGGCUUAACGAAUUUGAAAUCUGGAAGUUCUUUAGAGACGUUGCAAACGGUGUGCAUUAUUUGCAUUCCCAUGGUAUUCUUCAUAGGGAUUUGAAGCCUUCUAAUUGUUUACUCGAGUCGGUAUAUGACCCUGAGCUUUUUAAUGAUUACGCAUUUGAUAAUCAGGCCGAUCUCGAUCAGUUUGUGGGAAAUAUGCCCAAAGUGCUUGUUUCAGACUUUGGUGAAGGUAAAUUCAUUGAUAAGCAGUUUUUGGCGGACCAGUCUAUACGUAUUGAAGACGACCUCAAUAAUGAGCUGAGAGGUAAUACAGGCACGCUUGAAUUUACUGAUCCUCGAUUGUGGACUUACGCCAAGUCAACCUUGAAAGCUCGCCGUGGUCUGAAGUUGGCCAAUAGUUUCAGCUACAACAGCGACGUCUACUCGCUUGGAAUGAUUCUUUGUUAUAUAUGCGCAGGCGCACUUCCUUUCACUGAUAAACUCACAGACCAGACAGACCCAGAGCAAAUCCGGAGAGACAUAUCUAAAUGGUAUCAAAAACUCACGCCAGAGUCGUUCCAUACAUGGUUUAUGGAGAAAGUAAGCAGAACUAUUGGUGUUUCAGAAGCUGCAAAAGAUUUUGAGAUCCUCAUCUACAUGACACUUAAAGGGGGCGAAGAGCCCUUGGAUGUUACUUCAGCAACUGUGAUUGACUACUUGGACUCAAUGAAAUGGAAACAUUUCUUGUUCACCCGCAAAAGAGACAGGAAACUUUCUGAGGUGAGCGCCCGAGAUGACGUUUCUUUCGAUGACGAAAACGUCUUGGACUUACCGAAAGAGUACACAGAGAGCCGUUCUACCAGUCUACCGGUUACUCCAAGGACCAGCAACAAAAUGAAACAGGUUGUCUUUCAUCUUGCACAGUUUCUUCUUUCCGAGUAUGCUCUGCAUGAGUAUGUGAAAGUCAGCAGGGGUGUAAAGUUCAUCAACCUCGUAUGUCUUUCGAUGAUAGCCCUUGAAAUGGACCCCAAAAUUUACUGGCCAUCGUUUUACACUUGCGUGGGUAUCCUGACCAUAUGUGAUCUUAUGUUUUUUGCAGCCAUGGUCCAGAAGUUGAUGUGA